AUUGGCUUAGAGAUAGCAAGAGAAACAAUGUAACAGGGAGCCGCGCCCCCCGGAUACAGAGAGAUACGGAGUGACAGUCCGCUGUAGCACUGCCAGGGUCUGGGAUAGCGAUAGUCACUGCCAAGCUCUGCUCUCCACUCACUCCCAACAUGCCUAAAAAGAAGCCUACGCCCAUACAGCUGAACCCCAACCCCGAAGGGACUGCUGUCAACGGAACCCCUACAGCCGAGACAAACCUUGAAGCUCUGCAGAAAAAGCUAGAGGAGCUUGAGCUGGAUGAGCAGCAGAGGAAGCGUCUGGAGGCUUUUCUCACCCAGAAGCAGAAAGUUGGAGAACUGAAGGAUGACGACUUUGAGAAAGUUUCGGAGCUUGGAGCAGGCAAUGGAGGAGUGGUGUUUAAGGUGUCCCACAAGCCGACCAGCUUGAUUAUGGCUAGAAAGUUAAUUCAUCUGGAGAUUAAGCCUGCAAUCCGAAACCAGAUUAUCCGAGAGUUGCAGGUUCUGCAUGAGUGUAACUCCCCAUACAUUGUGGGCUUCUAUGGGGCCUUCUACAGUGAUGGAGAGAUCAGCAUUUGCAUGGAACACAUGGAUGGAGGCUCCCUUGAUCAGGUUUUGAAGAAAGCUGGCAAAAUCCCAGAGAAGAUAUUGGGAAAAGUCAGCAUUGCCGUGAUAAAAGGUUUAACCUACCUGAGAGAGAAGCAUAAGAUAAUGCACAGAGAUGUGAAACCUUCUAACAUCCUGGUCAACUCUAGAGGAGAGAUAAAACUGUGCGACUUUGGGGUCAGCGGGCAGCUCAUAGAUUCCAUGGCAAAUUCCUUUGUUGGGACAAGAUCCUAUAUGUCGCCAGAGAGGCUACAGGGCACUCAUUACUCUGUGCAAUCCGACAUCUGGAGCAUGGGGCUGUCACUGGUGGAAAUGGCCAUUGGAAGGUAUCCCAUUCCACCGCCUGAUGCCAAAGAGCUGGAACUUAUCUUUGGCUGUUCUGUAGAAGGGGACCCGGCAUCUUCUGAACUGGCACCUCGCCCCCGGCCACCCGGACGUCCAAUAAGUUCAUAUGGUCCUGAUAGUCGACCACCCAUGGCCAUUUUCGAACUUCUGGAUUAUAUAGUGAACGAGCCACCUCCAAAAUUGCCCAGUGGAGUAUUUGGAGCGGAGUUCCAGGAGUUUGUGAACAAAUGUCUUGUGAAGAAUCCGGCUGAGAGAGCAGACCUUAAACAGCUAAUGGUUCACAGCUUUAUUAAGCAGUCAGAGUUGGAUGAGGUGGAUUUUGCUGGAUGGCUCUGUUCCACUAUGGGCCUUAAGCAGCCCAGUACCCCAACCCAUGCCGCAGGAGUGUGAGUGAACAUGGCAUGGAUGGUGGGCCUGGCAGAGAGUUACCACAUCAUGCUCAUGCCAACCUCUUGGAACCUUGGGGUCUCUGCAGAAAGUGCCAAAAACAUUCUUUUAAUUCUCUCUUCAAUCCCUUCAUUGAGUCGGGUCCUUUUGGGAAUGGGAUGAACACGAUUUAUUCCAGUGUCCUGUGGGCUCCACUUGCAGUACGGUUCCUGCUUUUAUCCCAUGAUGCUUUGUGGUACCUGUGAUGCUUUCAGUACACGAUACAGGAGAUGAGCCCAGUCUGUGUUUGGAAGAGGACAGGACUGUGCAUUCUGAUUUACCAGCAAAAAAAUGCAUACUAGGUCAGUCGCAGGGUAGACCAACCUCAACUGACGGCUAUGUACCUAACUGGAUGGAUGAAAUGUAAUGGUCAAACAAAAUAAAAAGCUUAUAAGCAAGGGCAAGACAGACCUAAUGAGAUUUCUAUCAUAUCAAUAAUGCAGUGCAGGCUAAAUUAAUUCAAAUGGUCAGUUUUAACACGUCCCUUGUUAGCAAGACUACAAGUUACUGCACUUGGUUCAUGUUGGUCGCGCGAGACUGCACCCCCCCCCCCCCAAAUUAGGAUUCACUUAAGCUGUCUGGAGAUCUGAGCCAUGCAUGUUCCUUGCAGGCAGAUGUCUAUCUGAACCUGCAUCCAAAGCCAUAAGCCCAGGGCCUGUCCGCUUUAAGAAAUGGCCAGUUAUGGGAAAUGAAUUGUGGAAAUGUUAACCCAUCUCUGUCGGAGCACUUCUAUUUGGUGGAGCACGUAUCACUGGAUAUCUUUAAGAUUCCUCUAAUCAUGGAGAUAAGAGUGGGGGGCAAAUGUUGAGUGUAGGGCAGUGUGACAAUAUCUGUUAGAUCUCUGAGGGUAAUAGGAAAGAGUUUACACACUUUAAAAGCAUAACAAACCAUGAAUCCAUACAGGUUGCUCCGGCAGAGGCGGGAUAGCUAGCCAGCAGUCCUUCCGCUGCCUCCUGCCUGUGCCUCUUUGCUUGCUCUUGAUUCUUUCAUAUUUAUUUUUUAUUUGAACGUGAUGUGCUGUGUGAGCUGUGGAUCUGCUCGCUGUAUAGGGCUUUCCCUCCAUGGAAGUCUUUAUCCCGUGUUCCCUUAUUGCAACAACUCCAUCAUGCCAAGGGGAAAAGCUUUACCCCAGAGCAGAAUUCCUGACCGUGAGAAGCAUUUGCCUUUAGUCUCUGAACAUUGUAUCUUUUGAGUCUUCGGAUGUGUUAUCUUUGAUUCUAAUAAAUAUGUUCUAGAGAAA